AUGCUUAUUCUAAUCGCUGGAAUCACUGGAACUCUUGGCCAACGCCUGGCUAACGUUGCCAUCUCAAGAAGAAUCUCAAUCCGAGGUCUAGGUCGCAAUCCCGACGCCCUCAGCCCCGAACUUUCUCCCCAUCUUGAAGCAUUCAUAAAAAGCACCUCAUACUACGACAUCCCCGCUCUCGAAAAAGCAGUCAGCGGAGUCGAUGCAGUCAUUAACGCCUACGCACUAGUCCCAGUAUUAGACCUUGACGGUCACCUCCUCCUUCUGCGCGUGGCCGAACGCGCCAACAUCAAGAUAUCCAUCGCCUCGUCCUGGAGCCGCGAUUGGACAAAUCUCAAGUUCGGAGAUUUCGAGCACUACAAUAACCAUAUUGCGUUCGAGCACCAGAUCGCAACUACUCGAUCCAUCCGCCCUGCCUCCGUGCUCACUGGCCUGUUUGCUGAUCUCUUCUAUACACCGUAUGGACCUGGGGGCUUCGACACGCGUGCUGAGAAGCCACGCAUGAGGUACUGGGGCGCUGAUGACGCCGGCGCCACCGACAAAUGGCCGUGGAGCACGCAGGCCGAUGCAGCGGAAUACACGAUCGACAUGCUGCUCCACGGCAAGGGGGUCCGAGCUGGAGAAGGCGGCUUCUCCAGGAUCCGUUCCGGAACGACUACUGUACGGGAACUCGCUGUAAUGUAUGAGAGAGUUCAUGGAGUUCAGGUGGAUGGUACGAGAGAGGGGAGUGUGGAAGAGCUUGAGGCGGAGCUAGCUAGGCUGAGGUUGUUGCAGAAGGGGAGGGCGGCGUAUAUUGAGUAUAUGUGGGAGGCGGCGGCGGUGGUUGCUAGUAAGGGAUUGUGGGAAAAUCCAGAUGUUACGCUUCUGGAGCAGUUUAGGAAGCCGACUUCUCUGGAGGAAUAUUUUGAGGGUGAGAAGAACAAGGUGUAG